AUGGAUCGUCAGCAGUAUAAGCGCAAGAAUAAUCACCAAAAACGACGCGAUUAUCCGAACAACAAUCAGAUGACAACGCGUUAUGCGGAACAUAUCACGCCGAUAGGUACUGCUCACAUACGGAUCUACGACAAUGUGGGUGCAGCUACGUAUGGUCGAACAUACAUACGGACAUAUCCACAAAUAUGCGCACAACCACCACAUUCAGAAUUAGACGAGAGUAACGAGUAUGCCAAACAAUACUCAUUCGAGAACUUCCCCGUUGACAUGGAUGGUACCGAAUCAGUUGUGUUUGGAAAGUACUCGGUGUCUCUGCUCGAACAAACUCGGUUCAGCGCAAUCUUUAUCCGCUUAAAAAGAACGAAUCUUCGGGAUGGUGUGUCGAUGUGUGCUAUGAUCUCGUCUAGGAGUUCUGAAUACGUUAUCAGAAGUGCUGUUCAAGAGUGCGCUAGUAAUCUGGAGCGCUGCGAGCAACUUGUUUGGCAAGGAGACCGUUAUCCCGUCAGUAACUGCUCAGUUGACUAUCUGAAAAAACACUACAUCGAAGUUAUGGACAAGGUUGAUGAGAGCUUUCCAAAUGCUGUGUACUGGUGUAGACUGUGCGACUAUCAUAUUUCAAGCAUACAACACGUGCGAAUUCAUUUCGAACAAAAUCAACAUUUUUCUGAUGAGCAGAGAAUGCAAGAAAGAAGCAAUCUUAUGCACACAAUACCACAACUGGGUUGCCAUCAGUUGGAAGCUAUCAAUUCAGCUAUCUUUAAUUUACUUCACGAGGAGUAUGGCAUUAGAGGUCCUGUUUGGGAACAACGAUUGGAAUUGAUGGCGGUUGUCGAAGAACUAUUGAAGCGAUGUGUAUUUGAGAAAAUGCAAGUGAAAGGUCAUAUCCGCGUUUACGGUUCUACUGUUGCAAAAACCGCAACUGAGGCUAGCGAUCUGAACAUCACUAUCGAUAUUCCGGAUGUCGACUGUAGUGAUGCUGUUGAAACAAUGAAGAAUGUGGCCAGGCUACUGGAUGACGCAACUAAGGAGAUGAGAACUCUAAAUGGCUCCGAUGUACAAUUCAUAGCAGAAACUCCUAUGUGUAUCCGUCUCACGAUAUCAAAUGUGCUUGUACGAAUCACAUGGAGACGUGAAGCUGGACUUAAACUUGGAAGCUUACUUGAUACAUAUGCUAAUUUCCGUCCGCAGUACCCGGAAUUAUGCAGAGUAGUCCGGAGAUGGGCUCAGAUCUGUGGAAUCUAUUCAGUCGAAAAGAGGCAGGGCGGUCUGACCAGUUAUGGAUUUGACCUAAUGGUGCUAUAUUUUCUACAACAGAAGAAAUUGUUGCCGUGUCUACAUGAGUUGCGUCCAAUGAUGGCAUACGACAAGAAGGUCUCACAUGUGAUUGAUGAUUACUACGACAGAAGAGACAUGUACGAAAACAAUCUAGUCACAGUAACAGAGAAAUUUGGAAAACUCGAGAAACCUUGGGAUCUGGCAGUGUUGUUUGUGGAAUUUCUGUGUUUCUAUGGCUCGCGUGUUCAUCAGAAUGAAGUUGUGCAGGUGAUCACCUCAAAUCUGAUCACUAGGGAUAAAACCCGUUGGAGUAGGAAAUUACUUCAGAUUGCUGAUCCGUUUAGAACAGAUAAUGUAGUCACAUUCACUAAGGCUUAUCAGUCAUACUUCUUUAACUGUUUUUUGAAGUCUUACCUGUAUUUUGCGAUUCCACAAACCCCCGAAGGUCCGCUGCUCGAUGUUGUAUUGUAUCAAAAGGUAAGGGAAAGCCCACGCAAGAAGAAAAGUAAAAGGAGAAGAACCGCAGCCACUACUGAAAAUGCUGUGAAGAAUGAGGUUAGACAAGAGAAUACUAUGGACGAAAAAAUGUCAUACUGUAGUGCCGAAGCUGUUGAUAUUGAUGAUGCCGAAUACGUUGCGGCGGCGGAUGCAAUAGCAGUAGAUGAGGAGAAGAAAACAGCGACCAAUAAUGAAAUUAUAGAGAACCUCAUGCCGGUGCCGAAGCUGUUGAGCUUAUCGAAUGUGGUACUGGAUGCGAGAGUUGGACAUGUGGAGACAGUGCAAGCGAACAAAGAGGAACAUUCUUUGAGUGUAGCUUUUGUUAAUGGACUUCAACUACAUGGUGACAGCACAAAGGAUAUUUUGGAUAAGGGUCUUCUCAUAGCGAAGACAGCUGCAAAUGAAAAAGAUGUAGUCCUUGGUUGCUCUUUGAUGGACCUUCCCGAUGAGUUUUGUGGAUCGUACAUACUUCCGACAGGACAAGUGUUUUUCGUCCCAGAGCGCAGCUCCUGUGGGUUUCUUAUUAAUAGCCGUUGGAUAACAAGAGUUGUAGAUGUUGUAAGGCUUAAGAAAGGUCUCUACGAAGUUACUGUGCGCAUCUCAGUCUGCCAAGAGAUUAAACUGCUGUACUGUUUACAACUAUCUGGAACCUAUCCGAUCAGAAGACUACACGAACGAGUGAAAGAGCUCGAAAAUGCGACAGACAUGUCUAUUAUUGUCAUUUUUGGAAGCGAAGGUACGUCCAGCAUGGCAGAGAUUCAACUGGCUGAAGAGUGCGAAGCGCUAGGUCUUGAUGUCUGGGCUGGCCUUUUCAAGGAAGAGGCACGUACCCUAGUAGCUACAAGAUGUUCUAAUGAAUUGUUUAACAUUGAAGAUCUAACCAUAGAAGAAAUUGAAGACGUUCCGCUUUUCAAGGAAUGUUUUAUAGUUCGAGCGGCAAUUUGCUUGUCGAAGAAGAGCGCAUCUGAGCCACCUAAUGAUAUUAAAAUACCUAGAGAGGAAGAUACAAAAGAAAGAGUGGCGAAAAUAUCUGAAAAAAUGCAAAACAGUAAACGAAAAAAGGAAGAAAAAAUCAAGAGAGCAGAGCGUAGACGUGAGGAAAAAGAGAGAGCAGCUCAAUUUCUUCAACGGCUCAUGGAGGAAGAAAAAGCUGCCUUGAAAGCUAUUUCUCCGGGAAUUAAAGAUGAUGAAGCUGCUGUUGCGGUAGAAAGUGUUAUCUCACAAGAAGCAGUGGUCAACUAUUUGGCGACGGUAGAUGAUAGUAAUCUGAAGGACCAGGAUUCAAAAGGUGUGGCUGAACGGAAAGCAAAGAGAAAACGCAACCGCAAAAAAACCGGCACAGGUAGGGCGGAAGAUGCAGCUCCUUGUGAUUCUGCUGAAGCUGAACCUCAGAAAAUAAGUUACGACUCAGUAUUGACACCUACUUACUGCCUUGAAAAAGUCCCUAUUCUUGAAGAGAAAGUCACCGUGGAUCUGAGCGAUAACGUGCUUACCUCUGAAGAUACGCUGAAUACAUCUCUAGUCCACGACAUCCCUAUGAAAGAUCUAAACCCUGAAAAUGUGGAAAUUGACGACGAUAUGGUGUACAGUCGUAGAACCAUGUGCAGAAUUAGGAAAUAUAAUCCAAUACGUAUACCAAGGGCGUCUUUCGGUCUACUGGAACGAUAUGGUCUUCAGUGUCGCGAUUUCAAGGAGCGUGAUAAUGAAGUGGACUCGAUACGAGAACUACGACGACAAGGCAUUAGAAAUGAACGUAAACGAUGUAAGCUGCGCGCUGAAAUCGGAGAUGCAAUAGAUCAAGAGGUGGAAAAAGUUGAGGGUGAAAUGAGGGAUCUCAAUCCCUUUGACGCACAAGUUGGAAUAACGGAUGAAUAUUGGCUCCAAUCGGUUCAAAAUGAAGAGGAUGACUUACCUGAUACCACCGUGGACUCAAUAGAAGAUGCAGCCGAUCUUCCUGAAAACGAGACUGCGAAUGAGCAAAAGAACAAAGAAGACCAACCGAAAUCGCUUAUUUGUUAUGAGGAUUUCUUCAUAAGGAUGAAAGAUUUUGAUCCGGACAGUUUUAGAACAAAAGUUGACGAACUCAACAAGGAUUCCUUCGUGUACUCAUUCGACAAUGCAGAAAAUUUCAAUAACGGCUAUAAACCUGAUAUGGUGUGUGCGUCAUGCGAGAGCUGUGAGCAUUGGUCGGACGCUUGUCCUUUGAUGACUAUCCCAAAGGCUGAAACAUUUUCUCACAAGAAGGAAAAGUUCGAGUGGAUAGAGCUGGAUCACGUCAUCCUCGGAACGUAUGAAAAGAACCGCGUGAAAGAUCACAGGAUUGAGAAACUCUUGAUGGUCGUCGGGCGAAUACGAUCAUAUUUGGAAAAAGAUUUGAGGCAACCUGUGCGACUGGAUGUUUUUGGCUCAUUAGUGAAUGGAUUGGGGGCGGGAAGCUCGGAUGUUGACAUUUGUUUCCGCUUCACCUCGGACGAGCAACCUCUGAAUGUGGAUGGGGUUGAGAUUGUUCGAGAAAUCUCCCAAUCCCUGCAGAAGAUGAAAGGAUUGGAGAGGGUGUACGCGAUAACCGGUGCGAAGGUUCCUAUUGUAAAGUUUUUAUGGCCGAAAUUUGGGUUUGAGGGAGAUAUAAGCUACUACAACGUUCUGGCGUUAUACAAUACACAAUUACUGAAAAGUUACUGUGAAUGGGAUCACCGAGUCGCUCCUAUUGGUGUAUGGGUGAAACGAUGGGCGAAGUCAUGCGAUAUUGGCGAUGCAUCGCGUGGCUCGCUGUCAUCGUACGCGAUGAUCAUUCUUUUGAUCCACUACCUCCAAAACUGUGAACCGCCUGUAUUACCGCGUUUACAAGAGGAUUUUCGUAAUGGUGAAGUGAACCCAAUUUGGGUUGAAAACCAUGAUGUAUAUUAUCACAAAGAGGUGGUUCAACAGUGGUCUCAGAAUCAGUUGUCCGUUGCCGAGCUGUUCAUCGGAUUUUUAGACUACUACGCACGUUUCGACUUUCAGACGCAGGUGGUUCAAAUUCGCCGAAAGAAGCCAUUACUGAAAAUGGAAAAAGAUUGGAAUCGGUCAGUGUGCAUAGAAGAUCCGUUUGAUCUCAAUCAUAAUCUGGGAGCUGGAGUAACUAAGAAAAUGUUUGUCUUUAUUGUGCGUAAUAUCCACAAUUCUCGCAAGCACUUUACUUUGUCGGAUAUUCGUCGAGAAUUCCUUGAAAAGAAGGAAAUAUCAACGGAUAAGCAGAUGCUACCAAGUCUGAUUGAGGAGUUUGGGACCACUCUCUUGAAAAAAUGUGAAAUGGGUUCGGCACCUUCGGACCGGCAGUGCCGAAUAUGUCACAGGGUGGGACAUUUCGCAGAAUCCUGCCCAAAGCUUGGCGAUGAGGAGAGAGGAUCUCAAGUUGUAGCAAAGGAUGAGUUAGUGGAGAAUGAUUUUAGGAGCCAACACUGUUUGAGAACACCGCGUAAAGAGCCUUGGCCUAAAAAGGCUCCGAACGGGAAUGGGCAAGAAACUCCUCGUGGUAACCAAUCGUCCGGUCGGUCUUUCUUUCAAGGAGGAAGGUCCUUUCAUCGUAAAGUGGAACGACGGAAGUGGCAAGAUGGACGAGCUCUUCUAGCAAAUGGGUCAUCUUGGCCGUUCUCACGGCCAAUGCUCGCUUUCGUGAAGAUAGCCACAGGUUUAGAAUGA